ACGAGUUUUCUGUGUAAACUAGACGUUAGCGCCUCUCGUGAGUUGCGCAACAGUCGCGAGGUCAGCAGCAUUGUAACUUUUGGCGCCAACCCACUGCAAGGGGCUAUAUAGUCCAUUUCCAAAACAAUUACCUUGCAAAAUUAUGCCGCCACGAAGAGCAAAGAAACGGCCAGCUCAAACUCCUGAAAAAGGUGCUCGUGAGCCAAAACAGAUACGAAAAAAACAAGAAUUAGUUGUGAAACCCGAUUUACGACGACCUGCGACUGGUGGAGUAUUAUUAGUAUUUGGACAAGGCGAUGUUGGACAACUUGGUUUAGGAGAAGAAGUUGUUGAAAAAACAAGACCAGCAGUUAUUCCUGGAUAUGAAGAUAUUGUAUCCGUAGCAGCUGGUGGCAUGCACAACGUGUGCCUGAGACAAACUGGAGAAGUAUUAACAUUUGGCUGCAAUGACGAAGGGGCAUUGGGAAGAGAUACGUCUAAAGAUGGUUCUGAGAGUGAACCAGGUGCUGUUGAUUUACCUGACAAAGCUAUUCAGGUGACAGCUGGAGAUUCCCAUAGUGCUGCCUUGUUAGAAGAUGGACGAGUAUUUGCAUGGGGAUCUUUUAGGGAUUCUCAUGGCACCAUGGGUCUAACAUUAAAAGGAAAUGAACGAUUUCCGAUAGAAAUACUGCCUAAUGUAACGAUAGUUAAAAUAUCAUCCGGUGCUGACCAUUUAGUGUUACUUGAUAAAAAUGGGCAUGUUUAUACAUGUGGUUGUGGAGAACAAGGUCAAUUAGGGCGAGUACCUGCUAGAGCAGCUAGUAGAAAUACCCGUCAUGGUAUGGGUCCUUUAUUAACCCCUGGUUUAGUAGAAUUUAAAGUUACAAAGAAACUAGAAUUCAAUGACAUUUGGGCUGGAACAUAUUGUACAUUUGCUAGAGAAUAUCAAAAAGGUGAUAUAUAUGUAUUUGGAUUAAAUAAUUAUUAUCAAAUUGGCCUAAAAGAUCCUGUAACUCAUUUUCACCCACAAAUUUCAAAAACCUUUAGUGGAAAAGUUUGGAGACAUAUUAGUAGUGGGCAACAUCAUACUAUUGCCCUAGAUGAGUCUGGCCAAGUAUUUGUUAUGGGCCGUAAAGAAUAUGGCCGUCUUGGACUUGGAUCUAAUUGUUUGGAUGCAAAAGAAUUAACACUAGUUCCUAGUUUAAGUUCCUUUAAAUGUGUUGACGUAGCAGCAGGCAGUGCCCAAUCUUUUGCUGUUACUGAAUUUGGAGAAUUAUAUUCGUGGGGUAUGGGUUCGAGUGGUCAACUAGGUACAGGAGAAGAGGAAGAUGUUGAAGAACCUACGUUAGUCAAAGGAAAGCAGUUGGAAGAAAAAGCUGUAAUAAGAGUUGCAGGUGGAGGUCAACAUACUUUGGCAUUAGCAACAAUCCAUCCAGUGAAAGAAAAAACUGUUGGUUAAUAAUAAAUGACAUAUUAAAUUUAAAGUGUUUCACAUAUGUGAUAAUAAUUUGG